AUGUCUUCGAUACUUCUUCGAUCCCGUUUAGUCUCCCGGUUGUUAAAGCGUAAUCGACGCCUAUUCAGCUCCGAUGUGGCUUCAACCCCUCCCAAAGAGCCGCUCAUCGGGGCUCAAGCCCUAGUGUCCGAUCUCUCACCUCCACCGCCACCACCGCCACCACCACCUAGCACUGAGGCUUCGAACGCGUCAAGUGGAAAAGCUUGGAACUUCCUCAAGUACUCGCUCAUUGGCGCGAUCACUGGAGCCACUGCCACUGUUGGUUAUGCCUCCUAUGCAUACUCUGUGGAUGAAAUCGAGGAAAAGACGAAGGCUCUCCGGGCAGCACCUUCAAAUAUCAAGGUGGCAGAUGAUGCACCUGCUCUUGAGAAAUUUAAAAAUCGGGUAUACUCUUCUGCAAUUACAGUGCCUGCUAAAGUAGCCGAAGUUUAUAUUGAUGCAAGGAGAACGAUUGAAGAACAAAUUCGAGGUUAUACUGAACCAUAUGCAGAGAAGCUUCUUCCAGAUUUGCAUCCCAUGGAGCGACAUGUUUUUACACUUGUUUUGGAUCUCCAGGAGACAUUACUUUACUCUUACUGGACGCGAGAAAAGGGUUGGCAGACUAUCAAAAGACCUGGAGUUGAUGCUUUCUUGGAACAUCUUGCUCAGUUUUAUGAAAUCAUCGUGUAUUCAGACUAUUCUAAUAUGUAUGUAGAUCCUGUAAUGGAGAGACUGGACACAAAGCAUUGUGUAAGAUAUAGGCUAGGAAAGGCUGCCACUAAGUAUCAGAAUGGAAAACAUUAUAGGCCUGAAAAUGGUGCCAUAAUAAAGCCAUACAAGUAUGAGAUGGAUGACACAGCCCUUGUGGAUUUCAUACCAUUUCUUGAAUUUGUCGCCCGUAAUCCUCCAGCAGAUAUUAGGCAAGUAUUAGCAUCAUAUGAAGGGCGUGAUAUCCCUGCAGAGUUCAUUAGGCGUUCUAAAGAGCAUCAGAGGCGAAUGCAAGAACAGAAGCAGCAAGGUCGAUUGUGGAGACGUUGA